AUUCCUCCAGCUGCUUUCCAACACUGACUCACUCUUAACUGCGUAAGCACUUUCAUUUAUGUUAUUAUCGCUCCAAUAAACGUGUUUAACUUUAUUUUUAUUUUGUAAUGCUGCCCAAAACCCCCAAGCCCGCCAUCUGGAGAUUCAUCAAGGGUAGUGCCAAAACUCUGUUUGUCCUGGAGGCGGUUUGUUUUGCCGCCAGCUACGGAGUCUAUUACCGCAUGAACACAAACCGAGAGUUCCGGCAGCACAUAAACGAAAACUAUCCGUUCCUCCUGGACUACUACUACAAAAUCGGAGAAAUUGUCGGCGACAGCAAGGCCAGGCAAACUGAUGCGAAUUAUUGGAGCGCCCUGAAAAAGAGCGACUAACAAAUAUGUCUGGAAAUCCCUAUUUUAAGUCUGUCCUGUGGCUAUUGGGUUUCGGCGGCAUGGGUUAUGGCCUAAUGCUGCUCACCGAACCUAAUGCCGAGAAAAUAGACCGCAUCAAAGCCUCAGCAUCUGGGUCAACCAAACUUUCUGCAGAUGACCAGAAGAAGGCUUUGUUCAUGAAGAAACUACAGGAAGCAGCCACCACCAGUACCCCAUUGUAUAGACCACAGCCGCAGGGCAACAAAACAGAUAGUUAGGGACCUUUUUCUUAUGUAAUUUGCAAUUUGUUACGCUUUAAAAUAUAAAUUUUAAGCAUUUAA